CUGAGCUAGGGAAAUCUCAGCGUCCCAGACUCCCACUGACCCGCACGGUGGGAUGCAAUGGACCGCGGACGGGGUUGCCGGUUCCACGUCGGAAAAUUUACGAGCAAUAGAGUAUGCCGGAUGGAGAUUACUGGAAACGGUCGAUGGUUGUUUCGUCCACUCCAUGCAUGAGAGAUUUACCCGUUACCUGGACUGAAGAAGCAACUCGCUCAUGAACGAUCACGAGCUGGUCCUCUUGUCUAGCCUCUGAAUUACCGUGUACAGGGCUGUUAUUCAGGUUUGUCCGAGUCGGUUUGGCCUCUUGUGGAUUAUCAGUUCGCCACUUUUAUUUUAAUGAUGUACCGUGAUGUUGCUGUCCUUUCCAUCCAUGAUACCCACUGCACAUGCCAUCCUCGAUCUCUUCCCGUCUUCCACCUUAAUUUUAUUCAUUUUGAUUUGUUUCGAAUUUCGAAUUUCGAAUUUCGAUUUUUGAUUUUUGAUUUUUAUUUUAUUUGUUUUAUUUUAUUUUAUUUUCCAUUUUAUUUCAAUUUUCCUUUCUUCUCCUCCCGUCUGUCCUCCAUAUCAGAUCGAACGCGGCUUCGCAACCGUGGUUCAAACCCCUAUCGAAUUGUAAGGCACAGCUCACAGUCUUCUCAACCCCCUCCGUGACGUUCAAGCUGCGGACCACCUCCUGGUCUCAAAAAGGCGUGGUGAUCAUAAGCACCUUCGUUGGCCAGUCCGUCCGAUGACAACCUCCGGGCAUACUACUACUGCUGGUUCUGCUGUCUAGCCCAGAGGGGUACACUACUAGUCGUCCUGCGAUCUACUAGGGCACUGGGCUGGGAGCUGGUCAAACCUGGAAACAUCUCCGAUCCCCGUUUCCUUCUUCCCAUUAUUUCCAUUGCUCUCUCGUUCUCUCUCUCUCCCUCACUCCCUUUCGGCUCUGAGCCAGAUGUACACCUACCUACCUCUGGGGAAUUAAGUUGGGUUGACACUUGUAGUAUGGUGCCAGAUCUUCGUGUACCGAACAUCUAAGCUGUGGCCCGUUCAAUCCAAUUUCCUGUUUUCUGACGCUCGUUCCUUUAUCUUAUUUCUCUCUAUUCGUUUUUAUUUAUUUUAUUUUAUUUUUAUUUCCCCCCUCAAUUUCCCAC